UUUAAGAACAAUGGGCGCUGAAGACUCAUCAACACAUAAACAAGAGAAUAUCGAUAUGAAAUAUCGAAUAUCGUACAAAGAAAUAUCGAUACCAUGGAGGCGAUGGAGUAUCGCCACACGUUGUAGGCAUUAACCUCACAAAAAUGGCAGAUGUAAACAACAUAUUCAGUAACAAAAAAAAAUCGUUUUUUAAACAUUCGCAAGAAAUCGAAAGAGAAUUGAAGAAUGAUCUCAGGAGAAUUUGUAGCAAUAAUGGGCAAAAUAUUGAUGAAGACAUAGUUCAGGAAAAAUAUGAGGAAUUAAUGAAUUGGCUUGAGACAAGCCCCCGAAGUACAGUUUUGAGGGCCAAUACUUCAUUUAAUAGUUCUCAUGAACUAAUCAAAAUUAUCCAAAAAUCCUGUGAAGACAAAGAUGAAGACUUAAGUUUUUCCACUUUUCCUAAAAUGCCAGAAUUGAUAAUUGUUCGUAAAAAAGAUGAGCCUGGAAUUGUUAAACCAACAGAGAUUAUUUGUCAACCCAAAGAGGCCAUUGUGGACGCUAUAUGCGGAUCUGCGGUUCUCCGGGGUGCUCAUGUAUUCGCACCUGGAGUAAUGGGCCUUAGCUCAGGUUCAAAAAUUGGAGAGCUAGUCAGUGUCUUCGCAGACGUGUCCGGUGCCUGCAGAAAGGGCCUCUCCAAGCCGUUCUCUGAAGAGAAAAAAUUCUUGGGGAAUGGAAUUCUGCUCCAAAACCGGGACUCAAUCUUUCUAGGCGGAGGGAGCGGGACUGGAAUCGCGAUAAGAAUGACCCAGACCAUCUCUAGAGUACCGCAACUUGUCGAGGAAGACAUUCCGAGGGGUUUCGGUCUUCUCCAGAACCUCCCGUCAAUCAUCUGUUCCAGAAUUCUGGACCCGCGUCCUGGGGAAACAGUUCUGGAUGUUUGCGCAGCUCCGGGAAACAAAACCACGCAUUUAUCCUGUCUCAUGAAGAACACCGGGACUUUGAUUGCACUGGAGAAGAUUAAAUCAAAGAUCAAAAGAUUGGAAAAUCAUUGUGCAGAUUUUAAUUGCAAAAAUGUUCGAGUUUUCUGCUUUGACUCCACGAAAUCAGUCAACAAUUUGCUGGAAACGAUUCAGAAAAUCGAGGACGGACCACCAUUUUGCCAGGGUAGUUUUGAUAAGAUCCUUUUGGAUGGUCCCUGCAGUGUCCUUGGAAAACGACCCCAGAUUUUGAAUAAAAUAAAUCAUAAAGAAUUGAGAUCCUUCGUGCCUCUCCAGAGGCGACUGUUUUCUGCUGCUGUGCAGUUGCUGACGGUUGGAGGGAUCCUGGUGUAUUCCACAUGUACCAUAACCAUUUCUGAGAACGAGGGAAUAGUCGCCUGGGCGUUGAAGACAUUUCCCAACCUAGAAUUAAUGUCUGCUAGGCAGAAAUAUGAGUCGUUGGAGUUGGGAGAGUUUACGGUAUCACCUGGGUACGUGGUCGAUGGUCUCGCUCCUGAUGAUGCUGAUAAAGUCCUGCGAUUUGGGCCUGAAAGUGAUUCUGUAGGAUUUUUCAUAGCAUCUUUUCGAAAGAGAUGACUUACGGAACGAUGAAAACUUGAAACUAUGAAGGUAAAUUCAGUGGAUGAUUUUUUAUGGUGGAUUGAGAACCUGAGGAGAUACACAGGUGGAGAUAGGCAAAUGCUCCUAGUCAUUGGAGAAGUCAGCCAACCAUUUGUUCAACAAGAAGUGAUAUUUCAUCAUAGAAUAUAACAAAAUCCCGAAAAUUGAUUAUUGGCAUAAUUAUUUUCAAUAACAUAAUAACAAAUAAUAACUUGUCACCUUAAACCCGUUGAGGCAGAGUUACCCAGUUCCCCCAAUUGAAAAACCAAUCUGAAUCAAUUCGAAGUCAUUUUAUUUAACGUCCAAUCACAGAAAAAAUGUUCAAAAUUCAUU